AUGUUCUCAACCUCUGUACUCGCCCUGCUCGCCAGUCCUCGCUCCCGAACCGCUCGACCAAACCAAAUUCCAUUUCCUCCUACGAAACCACCGAUCCCACCACCGACCAGCUUGCCAUACGCUUCAAACCCAGCAAGGAACCCAGCAGGGCGACGACGACAACCGCCACCGACCCCACGAAUGCCAAACGCCAAGGCCGGAUACCCCACGACCCAAGUCACCAUUGGAGACGGGCACCAUCCUCUGGGCCUGCGACGUCUGACCCCGUCACCACCCUCCCCUCCAUCUACACCACCCAUGGUAUAUGCCUCCCACCCACCAACGACGCCUAUAACCUCCCCGUUACCAACGCGACUCCCACCUCUGACAUAUCCAACGCCAGAAACCCUCAAACUGACCACUACGGCCACUUAUCCGGGCUGGCCGCGCAACGGGCUGGUCGUGGGCACUCAAGCUGCUAUGUCGGCCAACAGCCUCGCGGUCUGGCAGGAUCAGACACUCUGCUGCAGGACCGCCACCGCUUCGAAAUUCGCCGGGUUGGGCGCCCACUCGGAUGCUGAUACCCUCAAGGCCAAGUGUUCCGUCUCCGCCGCUAUCGGCACGUCGGGGACGGGGUUCUGA